UUGGAGAGCAUCACCUUGCAAGAGGAUGGAGCUGAAUGGGAAGUAGUAGCCAUUUUUGCAGUGAGGAAUGGGGGUGAGUGAGUCAAUGCCGUUUGUUCCCUAGAGACUGCUAUGGUGGUGGAGGGGUCUCGAAGAAAAUUUGGUCCGGGAAAAAACCAUUCGCUUAUCGAUAACAGGCGUCCCGUCCCGCAUCUGGAAGUGACCUCAUCUGGCCGUAUGAAAUAUAUAUCGAGCUCCUCAAUGCUCCCGGAAUACUUGAGUAGAGCCAUUGGCUCCUCUGCAGUGCGGUGUGGUCAUGGAAAGAUCCAGUUGAAAAGCAACCCCAAUAACAAUUUAAUUGCGAAGUGUACUUACCUGCUGCAAUCUGGAAAAGUACGAUGGGAUGUGCCUUUUAGUUGUUCCUUAGGAUCCCUAGUGUUGAGGUUCACAUAUCAGUUCCUUGGAAUAGAAACAUGCAUGCUUCCAGUUGGACUUCACAGAGUUAUGAUUAUUCAAAAUACAAUACGCAAAAAAAAAAAAAAACAAAACAAAGGAAAUCAUAUUCAGGCUGCAUAUAUGUAGACAAAGGAAUCCGAGUCAAAGACCAGCUGGAGACCACACAAUUCCUUGUUUUCCGGACUUGCCAGCUCCCCUAGUCGAUCCGUCUGAUCCUGUCCUUUGCCGCGAGAAAACAUCUAAACGUACAGGAUAUUAAUCAUAUUUUUUAGCCCUUUUUCUCGGCCCACCACUGAUGUUGUUUUCAUAGUUACAGAAAUACCA